AUGUCUGUUGGAUCUCCUGGGCCCAGUCCAUUUAGCAAAGCAGGCUUACUUUUGGUACAGUUACAUACCUGCCAAAUCGGUUUAGCAAGAGAAGGCUCGACAGUCCCUCCUCGCGGGUUGGGAUAUACGAAUAUACCAUGCCUAUUCUCUUCACGCUGCCUUUAUUGUAGAACAAGGGAUGAGAGACAGCACCAAGUAUCACAUCUAGUACCGCAUCUUUGUACUAAGUCCCACUGGUACACCAACAUGAAGUUCGGCAAGCAGAUCCAGCGCAGACAGCUUGAUCUACCGGAAUAUGCUGCCAGUUUCGUGAAUUACAAAGCGCUGAAGAAGCUAAUCAAGCAACUGAGCGCGACCCCGACGAUUCCCGCUCAGAGCUCGGCGCCUGUCCCUCAAAAUGCGUCCGAAGCGCAGGCUGCCCUCCGGGCGAACAAGGAGGUGUUCUUCUUUCGACUGGAACGGGAAAUAGAAAAGGUCAAUGCGUUUUACCUACAAAAAGAGGCCGAGUUCACUCAACGGUUAAAAACAUUGGUCGACAAGAAGCGAGUUAUUCAGGCUCCAGCAGUUCGAUGGCGACUUAAACAAGCUCAAUUUGUCGAAAUCAAUGAGACUGCCAUGUCCAAGAUAUUGAAAAAGUGGGACAAAACUUCAAAGUCUCGGAUGAAGGAGCUGUAUCUUCACCGCGCCGUCGAGGUACAGCCAUGUUUCAAUAGAGACGUGUUGCGCGAUCUCUCAGACCGAGCGACAACUGCCCGACUGGAACUUGAAGCUUGGGCGGAGGGCGAGAAUAUCAAUCUGGAUACCACUCGCUCUGCCGAGCGGACGAUAGGGCCCCAAUCUUUUAGGUCGGAGGAAGAAGACCUUGACCUUCAAGUUCUGCAAUCCGCCAGCACCGGAAACCUACAGACACUACGUGAAUGGGCAGUCAAGCUGAGCUCAUCGCCCGAUUCUCACGAGCGGGCCACCCGAACGUUCCUAGCCGCAAUCAAUGAGUUCUCCGAUGAUGUACUCGCGGCUCUCCUCGAGAGUGGGCUGGUCGACCUAUCAGCCGAGGAUGACAUCAACGAACGCAAUUGCCUGCAUGAGGCUGCUAUAUCUGGCCGGGACUUUGUCUUCAAGGCUUGCCUGACAAACGGCGUGGAGGUUUCGAGGUCUGACGUGUACGGAAGAAUACCUCUACAUUAUGCUUGUAUCCAUGGUCGCGUGGAGAUGGUGCAACAACUGUUAGCCGCAGAUCCCAGUACGGUUGAUAUCAUGGACCACGACAACUUCACUCCCCUCAUCCAUUCUAUCGUCAAGAACCAGCUCGAAUGUGCUGAGCAACUUCUCCAAAACAAUGCCCGCAUCGACCCAGCGUCCGAGUCUGACCACAUUCCGCUGAACCUGGCAUGUCAACACGGCUCACUUCCGAUAGUAAAGAUGCUCCUUGAGCGGGAGGCCCAGCUUCUCCCUGAUGCAGAAGGUCUAUAUCCUCAGCAUAUGGUCGCGCGCGCUUCACAAUCACCCGAGAUCUUGCUACUUCUCAAACAGCAUGGGGCCGAUCUGAACCAGAGAGACAAGCUGUAUCAAUGGACUCCUCUUUUCCAUGCGGCAAGCGAGGGCUGCGUGAAUUGUCUACGGACACUUCUGGAGCUCGGCGUUGAUGCCGAUGUUGCAGAUGAAAAGGGCCUGGCGGCCAUGUACUAUGCCGCCUGGGAAGGCCAUCUUGAAUGUAUGCUGCUGCUUUGGUCGCAUCAUACCGAGUCGCGCCCAUCGCAACGGCCGCUGGAUAUCCUAAACGGCCUGCGGCUACAUGAGCCAAGCUCUACAGUCGUUGAUUGGCAAGACAAAGCCACGGAAGCGGAUGAGAUGGAGACGAUUGACGGCAUUCCCAUUUUAUCCCUUCCACCCCCAAUUAUCCCGUUACGGCGCUAUGGACACAAUUUUCUAGACAAAAAAGUCUUUGUGCAGAUUCUGUUCGACCCAGCCCAGUCGAUCAUCUUCGACCAAGCUGGACGUUACCCCGCUGCGCGGUUAACGAUAUCUUCGAAACUUUCAGACUUGAUCCCGCGAACCGUGAUGCUUCCAAUCCAGGAAGACUCGCGAAUGAUCUCGUUCCACGUUGAUACUCUCGAGACUUUUACCGUCGACUUUGAGAUUUUCCCUACUUUUGGCUCAAAGGUGAUUGCUAAAACGGUCGCGCUCCCGACGGUCUUCAAAGCCGAGAGGUCAAGUGCCGGCUCCUGUUGUUUGCCGCUCUUUGAUCCUCGGCUACGGUCGAUUGGGCAGCUUCGUUUCGGAUACCAAGUGAUCAAGCCGUAUCAUGGGGACCCUCUUGAAAUCACCCAUUUUGCUACCUACUGGAAGGCGACGAGUGCUAUUGAUUCCGAGCACAAUGGUCUGGUCACGGGAUCGAGUCUUUCGGGAGACCAUAUCCAGCUCUUUGUGCAGCUUACGAGAGAUGGAAUACCAGUGGUUUACCCACAAUACACGGUGAAGCACUAUGGCAUUGAUAUAGCCCUUUGCCACCUCACGCUGUCCGAGUUUCAGGCUAUAGGCAGCGAAAAGGGUGUGAACCGACCGGAAAUCUUUCAGUUCUUGCAAACUCGCGCUUCUGAAGACCUGGCGCUUGCCCAUCGCCUCUUGGCAGCAUCCUUCUUAACUCUGGACGAGGUUUUCCAAAAUCUGCCAGUGGACGUCAACAUCAAUUUGUCUAUUCUCUACCCAUCAGCUGCGGAGGAGCAGGCCUUGAAUAUGACGUCCAUGGCCGAUGUAAACAGCUUCGCCGAUGCCAUCCUGACAGUCGUCUUUGACCAUGCCCGCACUGCUCGCGACCAGAACCCAGAGUUUAUGCGCUCCGUCGUGUUCACCUCUUACAACUCCAAUAUCUGUAUUGCGCUGAACUGGAAGCAGCCCAAUUAUCCCGUUCUCCUUUGCAACGAUCUCGGCCAGAUUAGGGACUUGGCCCGCGAUGCAGGAACGCAUCCAGAUGUUGACAGCAGCGGCCGGGCAUCGAUGUCUAUUAAAGAAUCGGCGCGCAUCGCUCAAAGCAACAACUUCAUGGGGCUAAUAUGCCGAUCUAGUCUAUUGAACGUCGUGCCAGCCCUGAUCGAAACUAUCAAGGAACUUGGCCUUGUACUUGUAGCGGAUACCUCAGAUGAAGCCGAACAGCCAGAGAAUAACCAACUAACUGGCUCAAUGGGUGUGGCCGAAUGGGCAUACCGCAUGCCCGAUGGCGUGAACGGUGUGAUGAAGGCCAACGGCAUUCUGAGGUUUAAUGACAUGAUUGAUAUGUGA